AUUGUAUACUUUUUGGCACCUUGAGAAGGUUCUAGGGGAAACAAAAAGAUGGAUCGUACAGAGAUAAAUAGAUAGGGAGAUAGUUACGAAUCGGAAUGGAAAGUCCUAUGACGGAAGACGGAUUAGCACAUCGACAGUUGAAGAUGAAACAUUUUUGCCUGUGUCUGAUGCCCGUGCUGGUCCUGCUGCUGUUGGGAUCUGAGCGGGUGGAGGCCAAGAAGUAUCUGCGCUGUGAACUCACCCGCGUGCUGGUGGAAAACUACAACUUUGACAAGACUUUCCUCUCCAAUUGGAUUUGCCUGGUGGAGCACGAGAGCAACCUGGACACCAGCAAGAUAACGCUCAAGAAGAACGACAGCAAGAACUAUGGCCUUUUCCAGAUCAACAGCAAGGACUACUGCGCCGAAGGACGCAAAGGCGGGCAAUGCAAUAUGAAAUGUGAAGACUUCUCCAACGACGAUAUUGGCGAUGACAUUGCCUGUGCCAAAAUGAUCCACGAGCGCGAGGGCUUCAAGUACUGGAAGAAAUGGGAUCGCUUCUGUCGGAAUUCUCAGAAUCUGCCCAAUCUGCGUGUGGCCUGCAAUCUGCGUAGCCUGUCGCCCCUGCGCACACCCCGCAGUUUCUACUACAUCUCAGGCUGAUGACUUACUCCUAUACAUAUAAUACAUGCAUAGACCUCUCCAGAUACUAGUAUAUGUACAAAGUACUAAUGUACAUAAAUUUUG